AUGUCUGAUAAGAAAAUUUGUGGUUACCGACCUGCACCAGAAAAUUACAAUAAUUGGUUAACAGCUUUACAUGCUGAGCGUCUAAAGCGUUUGGGCCAAAGAAACUCGGCUAAGUCGCUGGGCAGCCAACAACGUCCAAUGAUUAUAGUCUUGCACUUGUUUGCUGAUGACAUUGAAGGUUUGCAGCAUUGGCUAGAUAUUAUCUAUGAGCUGGCGGCACCGACUGCGUAUGGUGAGUGCAUAGAUUUCGUUGUGGAUGAUCUUUGGGGUGCAUAUGUCUUCCAAUUGGACGGCUUUUCAAUAUGCCGAGGUGACAGCAGCUUUGAUAUUACAUCACCACCACUUAUAUAUGGUGUAAGUACAGCUGGUGAGGUGCACUUCUUUGGCAAUGCGGCAGGACCUCGCAUACCCAGCGUGGAGAGCCUUGGUGAAUUUUGUGGACAACUGUGGCAGCAAAAAUUGGUGCAGGAAUUUGGCUUAGAGUCUCGUCUGCAAGUGCAACCAAUUCACUUGGCUGACUUUAAUAAAUACAUUUAUGAUGAGGAGCAGGGAGAUGUGCUACUUUGCCUCUAUGGUUCACAUACAACGCAUAAAUUUCUGCAAGAUUUGGAAAUCCUGGCUGCUAAACUGCAACACGAGCAAAUUAAGCUAUACAAAAUGGAUCCCAACAUGCUACGGACCAACUGA